AUGAUAGUCCAGACCAUCACCAUCAUCACAAAGACCACCAUAGUCCAGACCAUCACCAUCAUCACAGAGACCACCAUAGUCCAGACCACCCACAUCAUCACAGAGACCACCAUAGUCCAGACCAUCACCAUCAUCACAAAGACCACCAUAGUCCAGACCAUCACCAUCAUCACAGAGACCACCAUAGUCCAGACCACCCACAUCAUCACAGAGACCACCAUAGUCCAGACCAUCACCAUCAUCACCAAGAAGACCAUAGUCCAGACCAUCACCAUCACCAUGGAGACAACCAUAGUCCAGACCAUCACCAUUAUCACAAAGACAACCAUAGUCCAGACCAUCACCAUCAUCACAGAGACCACCAUAGUCCAGACCAUCACCAUCAUCACAGAGACCACCAUAGUCCAGACCAUCACCAUCAUCACCAAGAAGACCAUAGCCAAGGUCACCACCAUCACCAUGGAGACAACCAUAGUCCAGACCAUCACCAUCAUCACAAAGACCACCAUAGUCCAGACCAUCACCAUCAUCAUGGGGACCAUCACAAGCCAGACCAUCACCAUCAUCACGGAGAUCACCAUAGCCAAGACCAUCACCAUCACCAUGGGGGCCACCACAGACCAAACCAUCACCAUCACCAUGGGGACCACAAUAGCCCAGAACACCAACUUCAUCAUGGGGACCACCACAGCCCAGUGCAUCAGCAUCAUGGAGACCACCGCAAUCUGGGGCAUCCCCAUCAUCAUCAUGGAGACCGCCACAGUCAAGAUCAUCAUCACCAUCAUCAUAGAGACCACCACUUUUCAGACCAUCAUCGUCAUCAUGGAGGCCAUCACAGUCCAGAGCAUCACUAUCGUCACCGUGACCAUCAUAUUUUGAACAUUCACCAUCAACAUGACCACCACAGUCUAGAUCAUCAUCAUGAUGAUGUUGAUAGUUCAGGCCAUCAUCACCAUGAAGAUCAACAUAGGGAAUCUCAUCAACAUCAGCAUCAUGGAGACCAGCACAAUCCAGGCCAUUGCGCACAACAUGGAGACCACUACAGAUCAGGUCAUCACCACCAUGAAUCGCAUCCCAACCAGCACCACUCAAGAAACAAUGAUUUUGACCACGAUGACCACCACACUCAUUUGAAGGGGCAUUCUGCUGGCAGUCCACUGGCACACAGGAAGACGGAGCCUCUUUCCAUUAAACCAGAGUCUUCCAUGACAACAACAAGCAACCCCAGCAGCCACGAAGAGGAACGAACAAGUUUCAUUGGCCCAUCAUUACAACAAGAGAAGAAAGAGGAGCUGGGUAGAAUCAU